AUGCCGGCGCCCCGCCCAGUCGCUGCUCGCGGCUCUGCUCACUGCGCGUCGGCCAUGGCUGCGCUGAGCUUGCUGCCAUGGCCGUUCGCUGCUGCAACGGUCACUUCCGUUGCUUCCUUGCGUCGCCGCAAGCCGCCCGGACCUUGCUGCCAUCCUCCGUUGCGCCUUCUCGCUGCUGCUCCUCCUUCCUUGACCACCAUGGCUGAGCAUCGAAGCUUUGCUUCUCGGCCAUGCAGCGGCUCUGUUGAGAUGAAAGCCAGCCUUCAAAACCAAAGCCAAUUUGUGCUGCCAUCAUGGGACGUUGGAAGCAACCAGUCUUAUUGUAAUUGGGCUGGAAUUGUUUGCGACAACACUAGCAGCAUCGCCAACAUUGUCCUUAACAGCUUAGGCUUGACAGGUACACUUUUCAGUUUUAGCUUCUCCUCCUUCCCCCAUCUUAUCCGAUUUGAGCUUCGUAACAACUCAUUCUACGGGUCUAUUCCUGCACAGAUUGGAUUAGCAAAUCUUACACAUUUAGAGAGAUUCGCCAUAAACGAUAACAAGCUCACUGGUCGUCUACCUCAAAAUCUAUGCCUAGAUGGAUCACUCACAGGUCUUGGUGCAUCAAACAACAAUUUAACAGGCAAUAUCCCCAAAAGCUUGAGAAACUGCAAUAGCUUGGUUCAUGUUAGGCUUGAGAACAACCAACUAGAGGGUAACUUGCAGGAGGAGUUUGGUGUACUACCAAGCUUGGAAUACAUGGAUUUGAGUUAUAAUUGUUUCACGGGCAAGCUUUCUGAAAAAUGGGGGCAGUCCAGGAAUUUGACUAGCCUGAUGAUCUCCAAUAAUCAACUCACUGGAAACAUACCGCCUGACCUUGCUGCAGGAACUAAGUUACAGUUUCUUGACCUCUCUUCAAACCAUCUAGUGGGGGAGAUCCCAAAGAAUUUGCGGGAAUUGGGCUUACUAUUCCACCUUAAUUUGAGUAAUAACAAGCUUUCAGGCAAUAUCCCAACAGAAAUAUUUGGUACCCAAUCCAGUUUACAAAACCUUGAUCUAGCAGCAAACAACCUUACUAGUUCAAUUCUAAGGGAGAUAGCAAACUGUGAAAACUUACAAAACUUGAAUUUGGGUGAGAAUCGACUCGCCGGUGGUAUUCCUUUUGAGAUAGAAAAAUUACAAUUUCUUCAAAGCCUUGAUCUUGGAGACAACAAUUUAAUGGGUGAAAAACCAUCUCAGCUUGGGAAAAUGCCAAGGUUGGAGAAAUUGAAUCUCUCCCACAACAUGCUUUCUGGUUCCAUCCCUUCCUCUUUUGGCAAUCAGCCAACAAGUUUGACAUCUAUUGAUAUAUCUUACAAUAACUUGAAAGGUCCUCUACCGAACACCAAGGUUUUUGAAGCAUAUGAAGCAUACAGAGGUAACGACAGUUUGUGUGGCAAUCAGACGGGCUUGAUACCUUGCUCAUCACUUAAAGAGAGGAACAAGGUGGAUAAAUCCAGAACAAAAACCAAACUUGUUCUUCUUGUGGUAGUUCCUCUGGUAGGGACUCUAUUUCUCUUACUUGUAGUUGUUGGAAUCUUUCAAUUUUUGAGCAAAAGAGUAGUAUUGAAAGAAGAAAGUGAGAUCCAAGUCGUACAUAAUGAAAAUUUAUUUGAAAUAUGGAGCUAUGAUGGGAAAAUAGUGUACGAAAACAUCAUAGAAGCAACAGAGGACUUUAAUGAGAAACACUGCAUUGGACGAGGAGGAUGUGGCGUUGUUUAUAAAGCUAAGUUUUCAAGUGGUUUAGUUGUUGCUGUGAAGAAGAUCCAUCCUUCCGAAGAUGGAAAUUUGGUUGAUUUAAAAAGCUUUAGGAGUGAGAUUUGUGCACUAACAGAAAUACAACAUCGUAACAUCAUAAAGCUUUAUGGUUUUUGUUCGGAUUCACGUUGUUCAUUUUUGGUCUAUGAGUUCUUAGAAGGAGGUAGUUUGGAAAAUAAGCUCAAGAACAAGAAAGAAGCAUUGGGGUUUGACUGGGGUAAACGAAUGAAUGCUAUCAAAGGUGUAGCGAGUGGUUUGUGUUAUAUGCAUCAUGAAUGUUCACACUCAAUCAUCCAUAGAGACAUAUCAAGUAAGAAUAUUUUGUUUGAUUCAGAAUGUGUUGCUCACAUAUCUGAUUUUGGCACUUCUAGACUCUUAAACAUCCACUCCUCCAAUUGUACUUCAUUUGCUGGGACCUUCGGAUAUGCGGCUCCAGAACUUGCUUAUACAAUGGAAGUGAAUGCAAAAUUGGACGUAUAUAGUUUUGGGAUUCUAACAUUAGAGAUGUUAAUGGGAAAACACCCAUGUGAUCUUAUCUCAUCUUUUUCCUCUUCGUGUUCCUCGUCUGUCUCAUUGCCUUCCACUUUCCAUGGCAUAUUAUUGAAAGACGUACUAGACAAACGCCUCCCACCACCAGAGGAUCAAAUGGUAGAGGAAAUUUUGGUUCCCACAAAGUUAGCACUUGCUUGCAUUAACACCAAUCCCCAUCUCCGACCAUCUAUGAGGCAAGUUUAUGUGGAGUUAUCAAAACAGAGGCCAUCUUUUGAGAGUUCAUUCCACACAAUUGCUUUGGAUCAACUCCUUGAAAUGAAAUGUAUUUAA